AUGGUGAUACGUAACAGUGGAGCUGCGAUAUUCAUUUCUUCGCUGGACAAUGAUAAGCGCCUCUAUUUGGUAAUUCUCGGUACUCUCUGCAUAGCAAUCACUAUAAUUAAUGUCGCUAUUUUAUUUGUAACUCUAACAGUAACUCUUUUAUUUGGAUUAUUUGUUCUAAGUUUUUUGGCUGUGGGCAUUGUAUUUGGUGUCAUACUAGCUGCUGUAAAUGUUGAAACUCCGGCUGUAUUCAAGCAUAUUUUGAGAAACAUAAUUACGCGGAUAUCAUUUGUUUUUCGGAAUUUGAAGACAGAUGGAAGUUACGCAUCAAGUGAUGUGGGAAGUGAUUUAAAGGUUGUUUAUGUGGAGUCACAGCCUUCUGGAGUAGUCGACGAGCUUAUUGUUCCGUAA